CACUCCUGACGCUGAGUGCACCGGUACAGUGCAUGCUCACCGCCUACCGCCUAACUUCCUGGAUAGCGCAUAAAUUGGUAAUCUGAGGUAACGUUGGCGUACUCAACCCAUCAGUUAAUACUUUAAUGAUAUUGCAAUCUUGCCCAUAAAGCUAUGUACAGUAGAUAAAAAUCAUUACUACCCACUUACUGGACCGCCCACAGGUAGGCCAAAAACAAGAAGGUAGAUGAGAACUGCACAUUCCUAGAAAGCCAGAAUCAGGCACCCACGAAUUGCAUGGACAAGAACAAAAGAGGCGAGUAUCAGGUGUGUGAAAGCCCAGUCAAAGACCACACGUAGACACAAUAGCCGGAGCUUAGGCGUCCUUCAGAAGAUCAAUCCGCAUGUUCCCAGCUCAGCUCGCCAGCUCACUUCGCGUCGGUGCUCUUACAACUCUGAUAAUCCACGUCUGUCCCUCGCUGUAUGUCAUUGUUCAGAGGGGCUUACUUCUUGCGACCCUCUUCACAAUGGAGACGAAAUCAGUUAACUACUUCAUUAUAGGAAACUCAAGGAGCCAGAACAUGACCCUGUGCUGGAAACCCCAACGAAUUCAAUGUCGCCGGCAAAGACGUGACGGACGGAUUGCUAGGAACUGAGAGCGCGGCGGGUUUUAGAACCGCCGAGAUUCAUCCUUUGGGAGAUACUCAUACUUCAUUGCUGGGUGCAAGAUGUUCAGUAUCAAUUGAUAAGAUCGGGCUGCGGCUGACUGACCGCGUAACGGACAAGCUGGCGGUGUUUUGCUGCUGCUGCUGCCGCUGCCGCUUCUCCUACUUACGU